AACGAAUAAAAAUAUGUUCCGUUUUGUUAAAAAGGUUAAGAGUUGCGGUAUUAAAAAGAGGUUAAAAACGAUAAAGCGUUUGGCUUUCGGUCUCGGUAUUGUAUGUCGUGUCGAAGUACAUUAAGAGAGAAUGUCUUGGGAGUCACUAAACUCGAGGGAUUUUAACAAUUUCAGCAACUUUAACAACAUAUACCACAACACCAACGCUGGAGUUAGCCAUCAGCUCUCAGCUACCAGACUCCUGUCUUCCCCGGAUGGGUCCAGACAUCCCCUCGAUGGUUUAGAUCACGCUUGGCCUUGGAACGACUCGUAUUCCAGUUUACACAGAGACACCUAUACGGAAGUUAGAGCUCCUAGAAGACCUAUAUUUACCUUUGGCUGUUUCAAUGCUUGUAGGGCGAAGUUUAGACACAGCAUAGCGAAAAGAAAAGUAGAACAAGGCCUGAAAUUAUACAACCAGCACAAACAACAGCAGGCUGUGCGAAAAUGGAAGAGCGCCCUAAAAUCCCUGAGGAAAAGGGAGGACAAGUUCAACGUGCUGGGGUAUCUCUAUCAGGCUUAUAUGGAUUGGGGAAAAUACAGGGACGCCUUAGAAUACGCCCACCGCCAGCUGUUCAUAUCGGAGGAACUAGACAACCCCAACAUGCGAGCUGAAUCCUAUCUGAAUCUAGCACGUGCUCAUCAAAGAUUAGGAGGCUUGGAAAGGGCCUUGGCCUACGCAAGACACUCCCUCUACAACGAUUGCGAACUGUGCACCACAGCCGGGCACGUCCAUCUGACUGUAGGCUCCGUAUAUUUAGAAUUAGCCGGAUUUAACAAAGCCCUAGAUAGUUUCCAGCACGCCCAUAGAAUAGCUCAAGCUGUACACGAUCCGGCAUUAGAACUACAGGUUUACGUAGGUUUAUCGGAACUGUUCAGCAGACUGCAGGAUGCCGACAAAAGUGCCAAAUACGCCUCUAAAGCCUACGACUUAUCACGAUCUCUGCAACUAGGCGAUCUAAAUUCCAGGCAUCACAGGGCUGCUCUACUACAAAUGGCGUCGGCUUUAAGAAAACAAGGAGAACUAGGAGAUGCUCACGACUAUUGUUCGGAGGCUACAAGGCUGGCUUUAGUUUCCGGUGAUCAAGCAACGUACGCUAGAAGUAUUAGAAUUAUGGGUGAUAUUUAUAGGAAAAAAUCAGAUAUUAAUAAAGCAUUUCGGCAAUAUGAAGCUGCGAUGGGUUCCGCAGCUGCUAUGGGGGAUAGAGUAAUCCAGAUGGAGUCCAUGGACGGUGCAGCUAGAUGCUUGGAAGCCUUAAGAUUACAACACAAAAUAUGCAACUGUAGACCAUUGGAGUUUAACACUAGAUUGCUGGAAGUGGCUAGUUCUGUUGGUGCAAAGUUAUUAGUGCGGGCGGUGAGGAUACGACUUUCGAGGAUAUAUCACGCUCUGGGAGAUGAGAACAAUAAGCUUCAUCAUGAACGUGUAGCGUUUAGAUUACAACAAGACCUGGAUCUGCAAUGUGGAGGAUGUGGAUCUCCUUAUGGACUGGAAGCGGAUUCCCUGGAAGCAUUGCCUUGUGCUCACAUUCUUCACGCUAGGUGCGCGUACGACCUGUUCAGGAGGAACAAGAAGAAAAAACGAUCGUGUCCAGAGUGCGACAGAACCAGUUCCAGGCUAUACUUGAAUUGCAACGAUUACAACGCUAUGCAAUACAGUCCUGUACCUUUAUCUGUCUGCUCUUCGGACAGCCAUUGUACCUCUCAUCAAGCCACCAGUUCUGUUUAAACACAUUCAUGUCAUUUUAAUGUUAUUAUGAAUUUACUGAUACCCUUUCAUCACUGUCAUUGUAUAUUAAUGUUUUCUCACUUAUAAUCAAUUAUUUGAUCAAUUUUUUUGAUGCAUGCCGAUAAGAACAAUUAUUAUAAUAAUAAUAAGAGAUACCAAUUAAACUUCUAGUGACGUUUUA